UUUGCCAGUGCUGCUAUUCGUCAGUCGUAAUAAAGAUUAGCAAAGAAGGCGACAGACAGUAGACGACUGAACGAUGCAAGCGAAUUUACCGAAAAUUGGCCAAUUUGGCCAUGCCUUUAGACGGGGAAUUGUACGCCCUGCUAGCGAAGCUCACACACCCGGUGAAGCCGGUGAAAAGAUGUGGAGGAACAUCACACUUUUCGUGGGACUUCCUUCGCUAAUACUUUCAUCAAUUAAUUGUUACUUACAAAAGAAUGAUCACCCGCCACGACCAGAAAUUAUUGAUUAUCCAUAUAUGAAGAUUCUGAACAGGCCUUUUCCAUGGGGAGAUGGUAAACAUUCAUUGUUCCACAAUCCAAAAACGAAUUAUAUACCUGGAAUUGGUUAUGAAGAAUAACUGCUUAUCAAGAUUAACAGUAUAGAAUUUAUAGUCUGUGGUACUGUGUAAAUGAUAAUCUGUAUUUCUUGUAUUGUGAUAAAGAGAAUAAACAAGAUACAAAUAUAAAUAAAUAAAUAAACAGGACAAUUGUAAUACAAA